AUGGCCUCAAACGACCCCGAUGAGUGUGAAGCUGGCCUCCUUGGGGCAGAGGAUGCCUCCGAAGAGGCGAGUGCGCCAGUGGCUCUCUGCCGCCGAGGGAGCGCCGCGCUGGGGUUGUUAGUGCUGCUUGCGCUGCUCGCGAUGGGCGGCCACCGUAGCCUGCGGUUACACCCGCACCUAGAGGCCAAUGUUGAAGACUUUGUGCGGGAGUUCUCCAUGCCCGAAGGGGCUGGCGUCAACCUUGGGGGAUGGUUUGUAUUAGAGGACUGGUUCUUCUCGGGCUCUAGUGGGAAGCUGGUGAGUUCCGAGCACAGAGAGGGUCAGGGGCGGUGUCUGCCACCUCUCCUCCAUCAUGUCAAUGAGCCGUGGCCCUCAGAGGGUGUCCUGGCCUUCCGGUUGAAUGCAAGCAUGGGCACCAAGCAGACUACCAGGAUCUUCCAGGCCCACAGGGAGGAGUUCUUCCAGAAGGAGGAGCUGCAAGAAAUCGUCCGAAGUGGGAUCGACACCAUUCGCUUGCCCCUGACAUGGGCCGCGUUCGCAGAUGCAUUGGAGACCGCUUUGGUCCCUGACCCCUUCUACCCAGACAUUGCAGCCUUUGCCACUAUUCCCCGUGCCGAGCUGGCCUCUUUUCUGCGCCACGCCGCCCGAAAUGGGGCCACAGUCAUCUUGGAUAUCCAUGCCUUUCCUGGAGGCUCCCAGCAGGGCACGUACAACGGGAUUUGGCCCAAUCGCCCAGCCUUCUGGACCGAAAACUCCAAAGUUGGGAACCCCGUGCCGUUGACGGAGGUCGGGCGGUGGAUCGUGCAGGCCCUGAUUCAGUGGGCUGAGACUUUGGAUCCUGAAGCCAAGAAGGGCAUCAAAGGCCUAACGCUCAUGAAUGAGCCUGCCCAUUUCAAUGCGUGGACGCACUUUGCCCAGGAGGAUGACGUUUUGAGCUGGCUGUCUGAGGCGGCAGACGACUUCCGGAAGUCCAUGCUGCCAGUUCAGGGAGUCAAGCUGUACGUGAACAUGAUUGAGACAGCUUUCUCCCAGUUUGAGCGCUCAGCGGUUCCAUGGUUCCUGAAAACCUUCUCACAAGAAGAGAGAGAGCAAUGGGCGAUUGCGGAUGUCCAUUGGUACGUGGCUUGGGAUAGUGGCCACUGUGAUGGUCGCACGGUGAAGGGCGGUGCCUUCAGCUGUUCUGCGCCGCUGGCCGACGUGCGAGGGAAGCUCAACUGGUGUGCACACGACGCUUCUUCAAGGCUCCGACACCUGUUUGGAAAAGGACUGGUGGCGGUCACCGAAUUCUCGGCGGGGACCUUCCACCAGGCCCGCUACGCCUGCAGCGACUCCAAAGUUGUACGUGCCUUCCUGGAGGAGCAGGUCAAAGCCUUCCGGUCCGACCAGAUUGAGCCCUUCUUCUGGACUUGGAAGAUGCCCUUCGGGCCAAACUUCGAGCCAGGCUGGAGCCUGAAAUAUCUGCUUGGCCUGGAAAAAGAUCACGAGCGGGCAUUGGGCUGUGGCGAGCCAGCCAGCUGCUCAGCCGUCGUCAUUGAUCAGCUGAAUGCUGGUCUGUGUAGGAAAGCCUGGCUAGGAGAAUGUAACGUUCCGCUUACGGGCACAUACCGACCUUUGAAGGCAGCCUGGUCAAAAGCAGUCUGCCGACUCGAGCGCGGCUCGUCUGAGACGGGUCAUGAAGUCGAGCUGCGCGGGCACUUGCCCGUGCUAUGGACAGGCGGCUGCGCGGACUUGAACUGGGCUGUGGGCCUGAGCUUCGCCGUCUUGGGUAACGAGGUGUUGCUCACAGAUAUCGGAGACCUGCAGGCCACCCUCACCCAGGGGAACAUCACGCAGAACCAGGGUUCGAUAGCGGCUGCCGGCGGUGCAGCCACCUAUGCUACGUUGGACUGGAGGAGGCUCCCACAACGCGAUCAGUACGGCUACUUUGACCUGGUCUUUGCAGGGGACGUUAUCUGGCACGAGACCUUGGUGGAGCCUUUCCUGCAGGCUGUUGCCUGGGCCACCUCAGGCCCAGGAGCUGGAGAGGUGAUCCUCUCCCACAAGGUCAGGGACCAAGAGUCCGUGGCCCUUUUCCAGCAGAUGCUGAGCUCACUGGGCUUGCAGAUCGCCAAAGAGGUGCCCAGUGAGCAGCUCCUGGGUCAGGAUGGCCACCCAGAUGUGCGCGUGUAUCACCUGAAGCGCGUGCACUAG